UCACCGCAAACCUAAUCUCCCUUUUCCCAUUCUUUUCAAUAUUAUCCAAGUCCUGGCCUUCACCUAAUUAGAGAAGAAGAACAUCAUGGAGGAUGAUCCGGGAGCCUCAUCUCGACCGUCCAUAGGGUUUCCUUUAGGUUUAGCUCUUCUUCUUCUGAUGUUGUUCAGCAUGAGCGCCUUCUUCUCUUGUUGCCUCCACUGGGACAAGCUCCGAUCCCUCCUUCAUUCUUCUCCCGACGAAAACGCCGAUAUUGAAGCCGAUAUCAAGCCUCUUCCACCGCUCAAGACGCCAAAGCAAGCUGAAAGCCAUAGCCUGACAGUAUUGAUGCCCGGGGAUCAGGUUCCAAAGUUCAUAGCAAUGGCUUGUCCAUGUCGGCCUCCGCUUUACGAAAAAGCUCAAUUUUGAAGUUUGAUCAGAGGCCGAAAUUUCCGUGGCGCUGUUGCAAAUUGGACCUGUUGCAUGGGGGUGCAAUAACUUUGAAUCGAUCUAAAUCGUUCAUUUGAAUCGUAACCAUUGGAGGAGGUAGUCGAACGACACCCGAUAUAUAUAUAUAUAAUACCCUAAGUAUUGCACCGAAUUCAAAUCCUUCGAAAGCAAAGGAUUGCAAGAAUCUGACCCCAUUGGGUAUUUUACUUGUUACGUGUGUGUGUGUAUAUAUAUAUAUAAUUUACUCAUGAUCUGAUUUUUCAUUUAUUAGAUUACUUUUUUGAUGAAUGAUAAAUAAUAUUUUGUGA